AUGACGAUGAGUGGGCUUGUAAGUCAUUUAUCAACGUCCAUUGGACAGGAUGUUGUUCCUGGCUGCAUUGUUAUUGCAAAAUUCAACCCUGAAGAAAAACGCGACCAAAUCGCCGUAGCCUGUCGCGGUGGAAAAGUAUGCGUUUACAAUCUCUCCGAGUUAGCAGCCAACACGACGAGCUAUUACAAGCCAGUGACAGUAAUCGACGUCAAGGAUGAAAUCGUUUCGAUCGCUUCUGCUCCUUGGAAGCCAGAGUCGAAAUACGAGCUCCUAUUGAUCGCUUCUUCUUCGACGAUUCAACUAUACGACAUUUACGAGAAUCACUCGCUUUUCCAUCGUAUCUUGCCGGAUGAGAUUCGCACCAUUUCUGUCGGCUGUGUAGCCGAAAAGACAGAGCCCUGGAUUCUCACUGGUGGCGAAAGUUCCAUCACCGGCUUCGACAAAAAUGGUGGCGAGGUGUAUUGGAACGUCUCUUCCGACGCUGUCAACUCGAUUUGCUUCGUAGAUUUGAUUGGAAAGGCUUACGAUCAAAUCGUUGUUGGAACGCUGGAUCAAGAAAUAACGAUUUUCGAUCACGAAGAAUUGAUAGAUUCCAGGACGGAGGUUUCGCCAAUCGUUCUUUUGACGAAAGUUGGGCCAGAUCAGAUGGCAUAUGCGCUGGAAAACGGGACGAUCGGCGUUUAUCAGAGGCUCAAUCGACUCUGGAGAGUAAAAUCGAAAUCAACGGCCACUUGUCAAUGCUUUUACAAACCGAAUCAAAGUCUUCUGACCGGCUGGGAAUCUGGACGAUGGGAAAUGCGAAAGAUGGCCACGGGAGAGAUCAUCUACAAGGCGCAAAUUGAUUGCCCCGUUGCAAAUGUAAUUGCCCAUUCCUUUUCGACUUCUGGGGACGAUCUGCUGGUGUUUGGACAAAAUGGUUCGAUAGAAGUUUUUCUACCGCCGACCGAAGUUGAUAAAAAGAAACGAAAAGCGGUUGAUGAAAAUGAAGCUCUCAGAAAGAUCGAACACAGACGCCAAAUACUGAAAAAAGAACUCGAUCACGUGGAAAAUGCGCCAAAGAAUCUUUCUGUUUCUGAGAGAAUCGAGCAGAGUAUUAUUCCACGAACUGCGAAACUAUCAGUCAACCUUUCGAACUCCUCGGAUGGCCUGUAUCUCCAAGUUUCCGUCGACUCUGAACUAAAAAUAUUCCUCCUCGUUUUUCUUUCCGAAGGUUUGUUCGGCAACGACGAGGCGAAAACUGAAGUGUAUCCAACCGGGAAGCAAGAGUUGCGAGUCCAUCUGGCCGAGUCUGUUUCUAGCGUCACAGCUCUCGGAAUCAAGGCCGGAGUCGGCUACACAGGAGCCAAGACGCUUCAUGUUUUGGAAGAAAUGGUCGAAAUUCCCAUAUUCUCGCAUUUUAUGAUCAACGAGGCGAAGCAAAUGCCAAUUGGGAAGGUCGAAUUCCAAUUCACUGAACGACCCCAGCGACUUUUCCUCUGGCUUCAGGAAAACUUCCUUUUGAAGAAAGAUAAAGGGCCGAUAAGCAGCGAUACUUUUUGCUUCAAAAGCCCGAGCGGAGAGAAGGUCUGUUUCCAUCUCGCCGGGGACAGAUUGUAUAUCUACGCAGAUACAGUAAAAUGGGCGGCAGAUGCAGUUCAGUCGCUCGCAUCGUAUUUUGGAAUAAAUGAUAUGUCUUCGAUCUGCGACUUUCCGGAAAUCAAGGACAUUGAAGGCUUAUUUCAGGAAAUUGCAGAUAUUCAAGCUUCACUGGUGCGAAUUGACUCUGACAUAGCGGAGAUAACUCAAGGGCUGAUGUCGAGCUUGGUCAGAUUGGAAGACUCGCGAAUUCUCGAAGACUGGAAGAGCAUGGAGCAAGUCCAGUCAAACAUUAUGAAUGCCGACAGUGACCUGAUGCUCAAGCAACGUGUUCGCCACGCGAAUCGAGACAAUUUGACGAAAAUUCUGAAGAAGCUCAACCAUUACAUCGAUAGUGGAUCCAAACUAAGGGUCGGAAAAGAGCCUGUUAAAAUACUCAAUGUCUGCCGCCAAGCUGUGAAAACAAAGAAGCCCAAAGUUAUCGUUCGAACGCUCUUACAUGGGGCCAAUUAG